UGCUGAUUCUUCCAGUCUGCGUCCCCCCCUGCCCCGCCCCCCAGCCAACAUCCGUCUCCUCGCCGUCUUUGAGUAACCUGAGGCUACACUCGCUGCCACCUACCCCCCGUACCCCUUACCUCGGCGACAGCAAGCGCCCCCUCCCCGCCCCCUUUUCACUCCACUCGCAUCCCAGCCUGGCGACUGGAGGCUCAGGCGAGGGAAGAAGCAGGAGCAGGAACAGGAGGAGGCGUGAGGGAGCAGCAUGGAGGGCAGCUUUGACACCGAGGAGAGUUUUGACGACCCAUCGUGUCUCGCCCCGCAGCCGCCCGGAUCUGUGUCGCCCGCCAGGAGGCGAGUCCACGAGGUGAAGGAGACCAAGACCACGAUCAAUGGAGUGACAUUUCCACUUCCUGGAGAAGGACCUGAGCAGCAGCUGCUCAAACCCAACGAAUGGAGCUACUGCGAUUACUUCUGGACAGACAAGAAGGACCCACAGGGGGCCGCGUCGGUGGGAGGAUUCGAAGUUCUGCUGCAGAAGCAACUGAAGGGCAAACAGAUGCAAAAGGAGAUGGCGGAAUUCGUCCACGAGAGGAUUAAGAUUGAAGAGGAGUAUGCCAAGAACCUGUCCAAGCUGUCCCUCAGCACUUUGGCGGCUCAAGAAGAAGGGACUCUUGGUGAAGCUUGGACUCAGCUGAAGAAAAGUCUCCACGAUGAGGCCGAAGUGCACCUCAAGUUCUCCAACAAGCUUCACACUGAGGUGGAGAAACCUCUGCUGACGUUCCGAGCCGACAAUUUCAAGAAGGACCUGAAGAAGUAUGACCAUCAUAUCGCCGACCUCAGGAAACAGCUGGCCAGCCGAUAUGCUGGAGUUGAGAAGGCUCGGAAAGCUCUAGCUGAGCGGCAGAAGGAUCUAGAAGUCAAAACACAGCAACUGGAAAUCAAACUCAGCAACAAAACCGAAGAAGACAUCAAGAAAGCUCGCAGGAAAUCCACACAAGCAGGAGAUGACCUGAUGCGCUGCGUGGACCUUUACAACCAGGCUCAGUCCAAAUGGUUUGAGGAGAUGGUGACCACCAGCAUGGAGUUGGAGAAGCUGGAAGUGGAUCGAAUCGAAUGGAUACAGCAGCAUCUCCGUCAGUACACGACGCUCAGACACGAGACAGACAUGUUCAACCAGGGCACGGUGGAGCCGGUGGACCAGCUGCUGCAAAAGGUGGACCCGGCCAAGGACCGGGAGCUUUGGGUCCAAGACAACAAGACGGGUCACGUCAGGCCCGUCGACUUGGACAUCUGAAGGCAUGGACUGCUGUAACCGGUACCAGAACCAGCAUGUUCCUAGUACAUGUGAACCCUGCUCGCUUCUACAUCUUCUGCUGUCGUGACGUCACUCCGGUUUUCUUCAACGUUUUGGUGUCUCAUUUAAAAAAACAAAAGGGAAAAAAGUCUUGAUAUGAUCUCAUUUAUUUUUGGAUAUCAAGAGGAACUCGUGGUGGACUAUUUUCAUAUUUUCUAAGAUGGCUGCUAGACAUAGACGUUUCUGCCUCGUGCAAGGAAAAAAAGUCGGAUAGCGUCACACUGGAAAACCUACUUGUGCCUCAAGUGUUUGUUUGGAUGGAAACGGGAGACCACAAGACGGGUUUUACUUUUUCUGCCAAGCGCGCCAGUUCUAAUGUUGGUUCACUACAAUGGGGCACAAGUGUUCGGGAACAGUUGACACAAAAUUGUGCUUUUGAGAAAUAUAAAUUCUAGCUGCAAAUUAGCAAAUUGCGCUUGUGAAGAAAUUUAGGGCAUAGCUGUUAUUUCGCAAAUUGUCUUCGCAAGGCGACAUAAAGUCUUGUCGGUCAGGUUCGAGUGUGACUUGCACGCGUCUCAAGUGUGAACAUAGGCGGGGUUUGACUUUUGGGGCGGGGGGGGGGGGACACACACAAUAUGUUGAUGACCCUGAAACGCAGUGUCAGCAAUCAAAUUAACUUACAAGAAUAUUUAUAAUAAUAAGUCGACAAUGAGCGUUUUUUUGUUUCGCAUCAUUCUUGAGGGGAAUUCUAAAUCAUAAAUUAUAAAACAGUUUUCGCCAAGAUCGUCAUUUAUUGAAUAUGGUACGCGCGCCGGUGUCGUGCCAAUGUAGUUACCCCAGUCAAAAAUUGUAUCGCCUGGGCGGAGCCAUAUGGAGGUAGAUUUGUGUCUUUAUUAUUCAAUCAAACAAACAGUUGCUUCAAUAAAUUAAAAAAAAGGUGCUUCAAUCAAAAUAUAUAUUUUCAAUUAAAAAAAGUCACUUCAAAUAAAAAAAUGUGUUUGAAUGUAAAAAUAAAUUUGAAACUCAAAAAAAUGCAUGUGAAAGCUAGUUUUCUUUGAUUUAAUUUUUUUUUAAUUGGAGUCAAGUUUUUUUUUUUUCGACUGAAGCAACUUUUUUGAUUGAAGUAAUGUUGAUUUGUGUUUGGGCCACAUUUUGACUCGGACGUUUUUGUCUUAAUCAUUUCUUCAAAAAAUAAGUUGCUUCAAAAAAUACAUAUUUUCAAAAAGAAAAAUCAAGUCAGUCAAAAAAAGAAAAAUUUUAAUCAUAGAAAACGUUUUGGAAUGCGAAAAAAUAUUUGAGAUUGACAAAUUUGCAUAUGAACAAACGUGAAAUUGAAAAGUUUUCUUUGAUUGAAGCAAUCCUUUUUGUGUUUGGGCCAUAUUAUGGGUAGGACAUUUGUGUCUAAAUCAUUCAAUCCCCCUAAAAAAAGUUGCUUGAGUCAAAAAAAAAAAAAAAAAUUCAAUCAAAGAAAAAAAUCAUUUUAAAAAUAAAAUUGCCCUCCCCUAAUUUGUUUUUUGGAAAAUUAUAUGCAAAGCAAAUGUCAGGUUAAGGUGCUAGUCACAUGAUCUGCUCGAAAAAUAAUUUUGACCCAUUAUAAAAAUUUUUUUUUUUGUUCAUUUCAUUCAUUUUUGUUGCAGUUUUAUUGGUUUGUAACUUAUAUAUAUAUAUAUAUAUAUAUAUAUAUAUAGGAAAGUCAAUUUCAUAUAAUGACACUUUUCGGCCACCAGGCGGGGGCCUGCCCCCCUGCCCCCCCCUUAAAAUCCGCUUAUGAGUGUGUGAAUUAUGCAUUUCAUGAGCGCAAGUAUUCAAUAUAUAUAUUUUUUAAUCUAAAAAAAAUAAAACUCGUUUAUGUCGUCUCUUCCGGAAUCUGUCGUUCGCCAACAUUUCCACUGUCUUCUUUUAUGCUGUGUGUACACAGAUGACAGUCCUGCGGCGCGCCCUAGCUGGUUUUUAUCUGUAAUUGCAUGUGCAGUGUGUGUGUCUACAUUUUGUGUUUUCUUUGGAUGUUAUUGCUAACACUCCACUAUGCGUCCUUUUUGUGGUCCUUUCUGAACACUUGUUGUGUUUCGUCGUUCGUAUUUGGAUGUUCAGAAAACAUCCUGCUCAAGUUUACCAAUCUCGCGUGCGCUCCACUUCAUCUUUUGGGGCAUGGUUUUGGGGAGCACGCUAUGGAAUGCAUCCUGUCCCUCAUAAUAAUUAUAAAUGAUAAUAAUGUAAAGAAUAAAGCUCCUCUUGGAAAAAUCAACUUGGGUUCUUCGUUAUGUAAGCGAGGGACAACUAUGGGAAGAAUACAGAGAUGAGGUCGGUGAGGAGAGUGAGACAGGUGGAGUUCACAAAACACACACAAAAAAUGGACAUUUAUGAAGCCCGAACAUCCUAAAUGGCGGCGAAAAAGGUGAAAUUAAACAUUGAGAUGAUGUUCUAGUUCGUCAUUCAAUGUCAUUUUAGAGAUUUUAUUCAUCCACGAAGGGAAUUCACAGCUGGGUUCACGGUGAAAACAAGGCAAAGCAGGCAGGUGCUAAUAAGGAUAUAAAAAAAAAUACAAAGUAUUAAACACUUUCGUUUGAAAGAGGUUGCCCACUUCCACAGGAGUUUAAAGUUGCAAUUAACGUGAUUGGAUUAUUAGUUGGGUCAGUUGGCAUCGACCUUCAUCUCAUGAUAGGAUUAACACGCUUAGCCUGAACCCCUCCUUGGGUUCCUCCUACACUUAAUCAACAGUGUAUGUAAACACAUUUAAAACGGCUUAGCACUAGCGUGACACUCCGGACCUGCGGGGGACAGCGCAGAUACAAGAUCCCGAGGCGGCGCUCACUAGAAUAUGGUUUGAGUUCAUCUUUAUUUAGGCAAUGUAGAUUUUUAUGUGGUCGACAACGACAAUAAAUGUAUUGGCCCGAAUAUAAAACGGCCCUGAUAAAAGACGACCCCCUUUUUUUCAAGACUCAAGUUUGAAAAAAAAGACUUUUUGAACACAAAAUUUUUAUACAGAAAAUAAUUACAGUACAUCUCAAACGAUUUUAACAAAAUAUUUGAGAAAAAAAACAUGUUAUUUUGCCUCAUUCAAAUCUUAAUAUCGGAACAUUUAAAUAUGUAAACUAAAGUGCAAUCACAUUCGUAAAUGAAUGCCUUCUGGUUUUUUGAAAUGUAAAUAAACUAGGGCUGUCAAAUUUAUCGCGUUAACGGACGUUAAUUAAUUUUUUUAAUUAAUCACGUUACAAUAUUUGAUGCAUUUAACUCACAUGCCCCGCUCAAACAGAUUAAGAUGCCAGCAAAGUGUCAUUUCCACUUGUUACUUGUGCUUUUUGGUGUUUUCCGCCACUCUGCUGGCGCCUGGGUGCGACUGAUUUUAUGGGUUUCAGGCUUCAGCACCAUAAUUAUUAUUGACAACAACUAGUUUAUUUUUUGAUUGAAAUUUUUAGAAACUUUAUUAAAAUGAAAACAUUAAGAGGGGUUUUAAUAUAAAAUUUCUAUAACUUGUACUAACAUUUAUCUUUUAAGAACUACAAGUCUUUAUA